ACUGUGUGAACUAUUUAUAGCAAUGAGUUCAUUUUGUCUUGAGCUUACAUGCUGCGCAAGUGAAUGAAGUUAUUCCUUUCAAGUUAACCGAUUUUAUACUCCACCUGAAGUUUAACUUCAUCUCCCGAGGCCUAGGCUACCUUGAACAUUCAAAUUCUUAUUAUUUUCUUCAUUUGGGAGUUACUCUUAUCAUGGAAGAGGGAGAGUGGAAACAACUGGCUAUUGAAAAGCAGGCUGCUUAUUAUGAAACUUUGGGAUCAAGACAUUGCGAUGAAAUUGAUAAGAAAGACCUUUUCCUGCUUAAAAAAAAAGUGGGAUAUGCUACGUGUGGGAAACCAGAAGAAUUGCCCAGCAGUACAAAUUACAACACGGGGUAUAAGAAAGAGGAAUUGAAGCACAUAAAAUCUAUCUGCGAUAAAAUUAUAGAAAAGAGUGAUCGUGAUCCAAUCAAAUUUUCUUGUACAAUACUAAUCCUCAAUCUCAAAGGCUCCCUAUGUGAAACGCCAGUUUUUAGGAUUAUAACUGACACUGGGAACUUAUUCAUUGAUAUUAAUUCCAGAGUUUACCUGAACUGGGAUAUGUUUAUUGAAAAUAACAAAUUACCUGAAUGUGAAUACUGCUUCCCAGUAGGCGGAGAGUAUGAUAUGGAAAAAGAACUUGUUGUGGGCUUUGCCUUUUCGCCUGCAAGUAAGCUAUUCAACAAAGCUACAAACUGUUUGGACACAGCUGGAUCAGUGGCAGCCGUAGCUGCUGCAGGUGUUUUUGCUGCAGGAGCAUUUGUGUCUGUGGCACCUGUAGCCCUCUCUGCAGCAGGAGCUACUGCUCUCUGCACUGGAGUGUACAGUGUAACUAGGAGUGUUGGCUCUUUGUAUGAUAGGAAUAAACAUGAUCAAUCCAUCGGACUGAAAGAUCAAGAGUCCAGAUCUGCCUGGAUGGCCAUUGGAUCAUCAGCAGUUGGCUUGUCGCAAAUGGCUGCACUCAGAGGAGCUCAAAAAGUAGUUGAAAGUGGUCGAUCCUUAGGUAAGCUCAGUGUAUUUGGAUUACACGCACUAACAGCAUCUUCUCUUGUGAUCAGCGGUUUUGGCUUUGUAGAAAACCUCUUCAACUUUGCUGAUAAGUACAACAAAGGGAGCCUUUCGAAGAAAGAUGUUUUUGACCUAUCAUGUGAGUUGUUGUUUCUUUGCAAUGCAAUUGCCUCAGCAAAAGCGACAUCACAGCUUGUUAACAAUAUGAAUCUAGCUGUAGUGGAAGCAUCAUCUCAAAAGAAGUUGACCAAGACUCAGAAAAGAAAUUUAAGAAGACGAGUUGCUAAAAGAAAAGCAAAGGGUUUACCAGUUAAUGUUUCUGAGGAAACCAAUAAAUUUGCAACGGUGGGAAUAUCAGGAACCCUACAGUUGCUUUUGUUUGAGGCUGUGAAAGCAUAUUCUCCGAGAUUGCAAGAGAUUCUUUAUACAUGCCAAUCUAUCGGUCAUGAUGUAAUGUGCUGGAGAACUCAUGAAAUUUCUGAUUUUGUUCUGUUGAAAAAUCUGGGAGAAAAAUUCAUAAAACUGUACAACAACCAUAAAGAUGAAAUCUUGGAAGUUGUGAACCGGAUAAACAAAUUUUUCAGUUCAAUUAUUGAUGAAUUCUUACAAUUUGUCUCCAAAUUAUUUGAAACUGCCUCUGAGGAACUGAAACAGAUUUUUUGCUCCAAAGUAAUUGAUAUGGAAGAUGAGAUGGAAUUAUUGAUCAAUGAAGCUGAAGGAUCGGUUAUUAGUUUGCAUGAGAGUUUGAAGUUGGAUUACAACCCCGCCAGUUUCGACUGCAAUGAUGAAUGUGAAAGCCUAGAUGAUGAUAACCUCAAUCCAGAAACUCAAAACCUUCUGAAAAGUUGCAGUGAGGUUAUUGAUGCAAGUAAUUUGUGUUGCAAUGAUAUUGAGGAUUUUGAAGACAUAUUAGAUUCUGUAAAACAUGUCGUUGUAAGCGAGCAUAAAAGAAAACUUGACGAAUACAUGAAAUCCCUAAAAGCAGCUAAAGCAGCAUCAGGGGAUGGAUUCAGUGUUGAAAUAUUCCAUAGCAUGCUUGGGGUACGAGGGGAAGUAAGUAAUCACAUAUUGAAAGAAAUUUUAAGUGAAGUAACCACUGAUAGUACUAUUUACAAAAUCAAAUCCAAGCUCAAAGAUAUGAAAAACACUAAAGAUCGAAGCACUAUACCUGUGUGGGAAGCUUUAACUUCUGGAAUGUACCAAUACUACGGUCCUCAUGGCACAGGUGAAUUGUCCUUAGAUAAGUUACUCCUUGUUGUAAAAGAUGCUGUGGGGCCCAUUGUUGUUGACAACAAACGCCUUAAUCUUGAUGCAGAAAACCUUUCUCGCAUCCAAGAAAAGGACAUAGUCAUGUUUUCAAUCAAUGAUCAACCAAAUGUACAAAUUGUAGUUUUUUGUGGUAUAACAGAAGAAAACACUGCAACAGGUUUAAUAAUGGUAGUAAAGUAGGCCUAAACAAUGCUCAGAAUUGAUUUUAUUUUAGAAAUCAGGUGCGUUUAUAUUUGAUCCAAGCGUGUUAUAAUCUAUAAUACCAAAUAUAACCCAUUGACAACGACUUUCAGGUCUAGCACAUCACCUCAAUUCGCCGCGAGAUAGUCAUACUGCUAACCCACCAGCCCUCUAGUACAUAUAAUUUUUAAAUCAAAUUUAAAAAAAACUAAUUUUUAAAUGUUGAAUCUAGCCUGCAAGCGCUAGUGUCAUCGUGUGCUUAAACCCGUUUGGCCGACGGUGUCAUGAUAGUUCAGUUGGCUAAGUCUGAUGAGUGUAGUGUUCAAGUUUUUUCUACAUGCACGGGUUCAAAUCCCUGACAUAUGUAAUCCAUAUUGAGCCUGUUACAGAGUGUCCACAUUCUGGAAAGUCAGGGAUAGUCAUGGAAAGUCAUGGAAAAAAACUUUGGUCAUUGAAAGUCAGGGAAAUAGGCAAGAAGUCAUGGAAAGUCAUGGAAAUUUCCAAUUAUGGAUGGAUUUGAGGGGACCAUUCAAUGCUCUAGUCAGCCGUAACCCGGACUGUUGUAGCAUUUUUUAGGAUUUUUCACAGAUGUUCGACAAUUCAAUUUAUUACAGUUGUAUUAUUUUAUGAUUUUUCGGUUUGUUUUAGUUAAUUGUUGUACCUAUUGUACUCCAUUGUUAUCUGUUAUUACAUAUUUCAGUAUUUUCUGCAAAAUAACAUGUCCAGGCAGUAUUAUUUGUGUGUGUAUGUUGUAUUAUAAUUUGCGUGUUUAGUUCGUGAGUCAUGGAAAUCAAUGGUAAAUGGUCAUGGAUAGUCAUGGAAAGUCAUGGAAAUUAAUGACAAAUCUUUUGUGGACACCCUGCUGUUAAUGUAUGGCUUAGAUGGAGUGGAGGACCUACCUUAAAUAAGCAGUGUCCGCGGCUUGGGUGGAAGUUACAGCAUUAGUAAUUUCAAAACGGUUGCACACAACAUCUGCUCUGCUUCUUUUUAAAUUGAUACAGAGGAGGACACAGAUUUUUUUUAAGUAUGGACAAGUCUGUUGAAAUACAUGUACGUUUAUAAACAUAAAAGGACAUUUUCAAAAAAAUAUUAUGGAUGAAUUUAAAAAAAAAUCUGUCGUCAAUGGGUUAAUGUAUAUCAAAUGCUAAUUAAUGUAUAUCAAAUGCUAUCAGGUGCUAAUUUAACUCUUAGCUAGUUAACUCUAAACCGAAUGGUUUAACCAGCUUUUCCCAAAAUUAAUCCAUAGAAAAGUGUAGAGGUUUUUGAUGUAGAAACUUGAUUCUAGUCGUUUAAUCUUCUGACUAAUAAAUAAUGCUGGCUGCUGAAUCAGAUGUUCUAGAUAACAAAGCAAUUAAACCAUUGUUCACAUAAUUACUUUGAGUUGGUAUUUAAAACCAAAUGAAAAGUAAAGGGUAAAGUCUAUUAUGUUCAUCAAUUCAUUUGGUCACAAUCUGUGUUCUUUAUCACAAUAUCAAUUAUUUUGUUUGAGUAAGUAAAAACUCAGUUUAUUCAAGUUUUAAUUAGGUGUUAAAUUACAUCAGUGAAUCCCAUGAAAACAAAUAAGUGUUAUUAAAAUUUAUGGCUGUUAAUAUUUAUUACAAUAAUAAUAAUAGUUACUACUAAAAUAUAAAGUGCCAAAGAAUGAGUCUAGUCUGAUCUAUUUUAAUUUUAAGAGGAAUAAGAGUAAUUGACAACCUUUUGAUUGACAAUUUAUUUUAGUCAGACAAGGGAAAUAUAUAUCUAUAUGAGUGUUACUAAUACAUUUAGGGGAAGAAGUGCCAGCAUGAUAAUGUUUGGUGUCGUAUUUGUGAUAUUCAUACACAUGGCAAUAUUCUUUUUAAGCUCACAUUUUUUAUCGUAUUCUUUUAUUGGCAUUUUAAUGUGAUUAUGUAAGUGCUGCUAAGUAUUAUUUAUUGGAUGUAGUAAUCUCCCCUUUCCAUCUAUACAGAACUGUAAUAAUACUUAAGUAUAAUAAUAAUAAUAACUGUACACGUGAUUGUAAAUGGGGGUGUUCAUAGUACCUAUUUUAUAUUGUAAACUUAUUUGUGCAACUAGUAGCCAAAGUGACAUUUCAAUUUAGAUUAAAAUGCUGUCACACAUGGCAAGCCUUGUGUGUCAACUUUUUUAUUGAGUUUAGGAAAGACAUGUUGACCAACACAUUUGAUUUAGUCCGCAGUUGUCAUUAUGAGGUCCCUCUAACUGGCCACUUAAAAGUCUUACUUCAGUAAUGAAAAUAACAAAUAGGCCCAGAGCUUAUUUUAAGGGAUUUCCACUGGGCGACAGUGGUGCCGGACUUAAUACCCCCCCCCCCUCAUCAAAAAGGUCCCACCCGAAAAUUUUUCCAUAAAUUUAAGUGAAAAUCACAACAUUUCUACGUAUCUUUUAAUGAAUUUUUCAAUUUUAUUUGCUUGUAAAUAGUCCAUAGGCCUAUAAUCUCACUUAAUUAUGUAUUCUAGAAUGUUGUAACAGGCCAAGGCUCCUUUCACAACCUCUUGGGCCAAAAUCACAGCUCAAUACUCUAAAAUAUUUACAUAAUGUUAUUUUUUAAAUUCUAAUACAUUUAAAAUGUGAAUCAUUAAAAAAAUAUGCUGGCACCACCCAUAGUCACUGGGCGACAAAAUCUCAGCACUGGUUUCACCCAGUUAACAUGUUAUUUUAUGCCCUGAAUAGGCCUGUUUGAUUUAAUAGAAUAGUAUUCAAACCAAUAAUUGGAAAUAGUGUGAUUGUAAAACUACAUUUAUCUUAGUUUUAAUCUUUUUGGUACAUUAGAACUUUUAUAACCUACCUAGGACCAUUUCCUGUAACUUAUAAAUGUAACGAAAUUCCAUUUUGUAGCCCCUGAAUUAGUUUAGUCUAUAAAUGUAACUUGGAAUAAAUAAGUAGCCUAAGUUUUGUUUUGUUCAGUUACCAUUGAGCAAAGAGUGGGCCAAAUAAAAUAUUAAGAACUUAGCUGUUUUGCAAUUAAACUAAUUCAAGUGAACAAAAUGCUACUAGGCCUAUCAUAUACAACUUUUGACAAAACUUAGAGAAAACAUUUUUAAUCUUUUAUGUCACUAAGCUAGAAAUACAACUGGAGGUAGCACUGGUACGGAAAUAUUGCUAGAAAUUAGACAUGCUGUAAAAUUGUAAUAUUUUAGUACCAACAAGGGUAAUCGGCCAAAUCAUUUGGCUCAUGGCUUUAAUACAAUUCCAUAUUCUAGUUCCAAUGCACUAAGUACAGCACUAAGUACAACAAUGUACUUCACCCAUUGUAACAAUGGCAGCCAAUGUCUCAAUUCUCUCAUUCAGUGCUACCUCCCUCCAGUUGUAUUUGUGGCUCACUGCUUAAGUCUAAAUAACAAAAAACGCCCCCUAAAAAGGUACCUAAAACAAUGUGAUGUGUAUGUGCCUUAAUUGAAGUAUUGUGUAAUGUUUCCAGAACCAUCAAUAACCACAAGACUUAUUUUAUACAACUUUAUAUCAAACUGAAAAUUGAAUGAAAACAUUUAUUUUUAUUAUAAAUCCAAGUUUGUUUGGCUACUGUCAGAUAUCAUGUAAUGUCUUGUAUUUUGUAUUAAAACUUUGAAAUUUCUGUUAGGGUUGUAAAUGCUAGCUUGAUAUUCAAUGAAUUUGAUUUGUCACAAUAAAAAUAUUAACACACAUUGUUUAAUUGAAGACUGUAAUAUUUAUGCUGUGCUGUACGUUUACAAAUUUAAGUCUUCUGACAUGUAAAACUAGAGUGCUAAUUAUGUGCCUUUCAAUUAUCCUAAUGUUUAUUAUUCUGUUUGUUUAAUAAACGUGUUAUUCUUACUAAU